UAUUUUAGGAUUUAGUUUGGUUGAAUGAGGAAAUUCACCAUGUUGGUCGACAUAGCAGUGAAAUGCAAAAAUACGAGUGUUCUUGAACGCGCCGGAAAAGUAAACACACGAUGGCGUGUGAAACCGACAGCGCCAGCUAUUAAACUCAAGUUUCUAGGUUAAAAUACGGUAAAUCUGAUAGUAUGUUGAUCUGCAUGUUGAAUAUUUAAAAAAUCAGCCAUGACAAUGAUUGACUGAAGCAAAUCAGUUGAGGCUUUUACAAUGGUCUCAUACAAGCGCUUGGACCCUGAAAAUGUGCGGUUUUCUAAUGCAGCUUUGUUGGGGGAAUCUGCUCUCACUCAGGAAAACGAAUCGGUAAAGGACCCUGAAGAGUGUGAGCGUCCCCUGAUCCCACCGAGGCCGGCAUGCUCGGCUACGACCGGCCUCCUUGUGCUGGGCUCUUUGCUGCUCGUGCUCUGUGCUGGCUGGCUCCUGGCCACAAUGUUCUGGCUACACAAUGUCCCCAGCGAUCAACCACACAAGCCUCCAACACCCAGCUCUACCAAUAGGACAGACGCACAAGGAUCAAAGGAGCAGAUUCUUUCAGUGACUGUCCCGAAUCCUCAGGCAUGUGCAGUAAUCGCUGAAUCCUGGAGGUUUGACUGUUAUCCUGAGAGUCGUGCGGUCGUGACCAGAGAGAUGUGUGAGGCCAGGGGCUGCUGCUUCAUUCCGGUGUCAUCUUCCUCCACCUCUUCUUCCUCUUCAUCCCCGUCAGGCAGACACGGCAUCCCUUGGUGUUUCUACCCCGAGGGGUUUGGUUCAUACUCAUUGGUUUCGGUAAACGACACAGCUCUCGGAGAAGAAGGCAGGUUGGUGAGGGACACCAAGACCUACUACCCAGGAGACAUCAUGACUCUUCACCUGGAGAUACGACAUGAAACAAACACAAGGUUGCGGGUUCGGAUUACUGACCCCUCUAACUCGAGAUUUGAGGUGCCCAUUACUGUCCCAAAUGCCACUACGAAGGCAGAUAGUCCAACCUACUCUGUGGAGCUGUCCAAAGAGCCGUUUGGUCUCAUUGUGAAGAGGCUCUCUACAGGAACAGUACUUCUUAACACCACCGUGGCUCCGCUCUUCUACGCGGAUCAGUUCCUCCAGUUCUCCAGCUCCCUUCCCAGCAGAUUUAUCUACGGCCUAGGGGAGCACCGCUCCACCUUCCUUCAUAACAUCCAGUGGACCACCCUCACCAUGUGGGCCAGAGACGUGCCUCCCGUGGAAAUGACCAAUCUGUACGGAGCGCAUCCCUUCUACCUGGCCAUGGAGGAGGGCGGAGAUGCUCAUGGUUUCUUCCUUCUGAACAGCAACGCCAUGGACGUGGCCCUCCAGCCUGCGCCCGCUCUCACGUGGCGCACCAUCGGGGGAAUCCUGGAUUUCUACGUGUUCCUAGGACCUGAUCCUAGUUCAGUAGUCUCACAGUACCUGGAGGUCAUAGGCAGCCCAGCGAUGCCCGUCUACUGGGCUUUAGGCUACCAUCUCUGUCGCUGGGGUUACGACUCCAGCAACGCCACCUGGGAUGUGGUCAAGAGCAUGAGAAACUAUGGCAUACCCCAGGAUGUCCAGUGGAAUGACAUUGACUACAUGCAGCGAUUCAUGGACUUCACCUAUGACCCUUCAAGGUUUUCCACGCUGCCGGAACUUGUCAAAGAUCUGCACUUUCACGGCCAGCGCUAUGUCAUGAUUCUGGACCCGGGCAUUAGCAGUACCGAGCCUGCAGGCUCCUACUCGCCGUAUGAUGAAGGGUUGAAAAGAGGAGUUUUUAUCAAUGACUCCGAUGGGAACACACUCAUUGGCAAGGUUUGGCCCGGUUUGACGGCAUAUCCCGAUUUCUCUUCUGACGUGACCCACGAGUGGUGGUACGACAACCUCAAGAGGUUCCACGAGAAGGUCCCGUUCGACGGCCUGUGGAUCGACAUGAACGAGCCGUCUAACUUCCUGGAUGGCUCGACCAAUGGCUGUCCUUCCAGCAGUCUUGAAGAUCCUCCGUACACACCAGGUAUCCUAGGGGGCUUGCUGAGAUCUAAAACUCUGUGCGCGACGGCACAACAGAAGAUCUCCGUGCACUACAACGUGCACAGCCUCUACGGACUCAUGGAGGCCAAGGCCUCUGCAAGUGCUCUGCAGCGUAUUGCGGGCAAGAGGCCCUUUGUGAUCUCGCGCUCCUCGUUCCCCAGCCAGGGAAUGUACUCCGGUCACUGGCUGGGAGACAACCGGAGCCAGUGGAAAGACUUGUAUGCCUCGAUAGCAGGUAUCAUGACCUUUAACCUUCUGGGAAUCCCCCUGGUGGGAGCCGACAUCUGCGGCUUCGGGGAGGAGCCGCAGGAGGAGAUGUGCAUCCGCUGGACGCAGCUCGGGGCCUUUUACCCCUUUACACGCAACCACAACGGCAUAGACAUGAAGCCCCAGGACCCGACAGCCUUUAGUCCCCUUGCCAGGACGGCCAUGAAGCAGGCUCUGCUGCUGAGAUACUCUCUCUUCCCGAUCCUCUACACACUCUUCCACCAUGCACACGUACAGGGACACACUGUCGCACGGCCACUCAUGUUUGAGUUUCCCGGGGACGUGAAAACGUACGGUAUCGACAGGCAGUUCCUGUGGGGGAAGGGUUUGCUGGUGACACCGGUAGUGGAUCCUGGUGUGGACUACGUGGUGGGCUACUUCCCGGCGGGCCUGUGGUACGACUACUACACGGGCGACUCUGUGCCCAGUAAGGGGGAGGAGCUACGACUCCAAGCUCCCCUGGACAAGAUCAACCUGCACCUGAGGGAGGGCGUCAUCAUACCAACGCAGAGGCCCAACAUCACCCUAUGGGUGAGCAGUGGUCAGCCUCUCCACUUGGUGUCGGCUCUGUCUGAGGACGGCUCCGCCAGUGGCGAUCUCUUCUGGGACGACGGGGAGAGCAUCGACACCUACGAGACCAACCAGUACGCUUACAUCGUCUUCGAUGUCACCCAGAACGUGAUGACAUCCCAGGUGCUCCGCAGCCACCUGGAGGCCACCUACAUAACGGUGGAGUCUGCCUCCUUCUACGGGGUGAAGGCAGAGCCCGACAGGGUGCUGGUCAACUCCCAGGACGCAGCUUUCACCUACAGAGCUAAUCAGCAGGUGUUGACGGUAUCCGAACUCGGUCUGAACCUCAGUCAGAACUUCACCAUCAGCUGGAUGUAACCUCACUGUUGUUCGCAUUUUACGUCUGCAGAGAAAAUGUAUUUAAUGUAUAUUUGCACAAUACAUUUGAGUCAUUUGCAGUGGAACAGAGCUUAAACCAAAUGGGUUAAUUGCUGUGAAACCAUUUCAAGCCGGCGGUCUUCGUCUAUAACUUUGGGCUACAUCUUAAAAUUAAAGAAACCUAAAUUAGUUGAUUUCAAACAAAAUCUCCGUCCGAUUUAAAUACCUUGUUUGAAAAAGGCCUGCAAUCUCAAUUCCUGUAAUCAAUUGUGAUUGGAUACGUUUGUUUGAAUGAGUCGUGUCAUAUUCACCCACCCCCGCCUUACCAUGGAACGAGAGCAAAGAGAGUAUUAAUAGUUUUACACAUUGGCUCUUAGAAUGACAAAGGGAUUGCAUAAUUUUCUCGAUGAGCCUGUUUUGCACUGAUUUUAAAUUGCAGCAUGUAGAUGCCUUUUUGAAAUGGCAUAGAUUUCUUAACCUUUUCUUUGUUGUCUUCCGAUGGAACCAAAAAAAAAGAGGCAGUUCUUGACCAGUUCACCAGGAUGGUUUUGUUGCUUGUCAUGGAUGGUUGUGAGUCACGGGGAGAGUUUAGGUAUCAUCAACGCAUGACACACAAUGAGGCUAGGACUUGUUCUUCUUUUAUUCUCCGUUUUAUUCUCUGCAAUGGAAUCGUUUUUAGUUAUUUUAAAUCGCUGUCCUUAAAGUGACACCCAAGAUGAGGAAUCUUUAAGAUGAAGUGCGGUAUGUAGGGCUUUCUGAUGGCCUGCUGAUUUUGAAGAGCUGCCUUGCAAUUUGAUUGACACGUAUUCGUUAAGUAAUAGCUGGAAGACCGCUGCCAAGUUCUGACAUUGCUUUAGCAAAGUGGCUUUGUAUGUAAUCAUUUAACAAAUGUGAAACUAGAAAUACAGUAUGCUCCAUACGAUUUAUUACAUUCAGAAUGCAUUGCGAGAAUGUCAUUUGUCUUGAUGUUGUCAAUCGAAUGGCUGAUUUCAAACCUCUGCUAGUAUUGCUGUCGCUGUGCUUUUAUGUGCUGUAUCGUUUGGGAUGUUUAAAUUAUAACUGUGCUUUAAGUGAUUUCAAACCCAUGAUGUUCAGCUUAAUUGUAAAGAAGAGUUUAUUUUAAUAAAGACUUAAUUACUCUGA